AUGACCGAUGAUAAUAACAAACAAAGUGCUAAUAAUAAUAUACAUACAGAACAAAUUAUAACAAGUGAUGUGGACCGAUUUCAAUAUCAAGAUGGUGAAGUCACUCUAUUUCAAAAUCAACUGAAUCCAUCCGAUUUUUUCUUUGCACCAUUUCCACAUUUUGAACCAAAUUUAACUGAUUGUAACUACAAUGAUUUGAGUGGUUACACGGAACUCAUCUUGGUUGUUUCGCUCUAUUCUACGAAUUUACUCGAAUCUGUUAAACGUCAUAUUAAAAGCAAGAGUGAUACUUGUCUUACUAAACAUUGUAGAGUUUCACUUUUGCCAAUGCACUCCAUCCGUCUCAUUCAAAAAGGUCUUCGAACACCUGAGUCUAAAACAAAAUACAUUCUGAAUAGUGAAUGGCAUAGUAAUACACAAUUUCGACAAACGAUUGAGUUUAUUCUAUACAUGUCUAGUAUGUCCGUUUGUAAAAACUUAAAAAAUUCAAUUAUUUCGCGUUGCCGCUUAACAAAUUUUGAAGUUCAGUACUCAUUACACGGCCAACAGACAACAGCUCGAACUCUCGAAGUCACCACUGAACAUGUGACGAAAACUUCAAUGUACAAUAAAAUAAAGUCUGAAUUUUCUUCAGAUCAUCAGGACACAGUCGCCUUGACUGGCGAUGACUAUAAAAAUCUCUUGAGUGAAAUCAUGGAUCAAAUUACAAUGGAUUUACGAGUUGAAGACGGUUAUGAAGGCAUAUCAGAUCCGGUUGGAAUUAAUCGACUGCUUGAUCGUCAACUGCAGUAUAAGCAAGUUCAACUCUCAAUAGCCAAUGAUCAACUUUGGGAAUCGCUGUAUUGGACACCUGAGCUAACACGGCCCGAUCGAUUAUCGAAAGUUCUGAAUAAAAUUAUGAAACAAGAUGCUAUAGACUCCAACAAAUUUAUCUACGAUUAUUCGCAAGCAGACAAAGCUUUAAAACAAAAUUUAAAACUUCACGACAAACAAAAGCUUGACAAGUUAGAAAAAUAUCUAGCGGCACAAUCUCAAAAUACCACACAUACAAUCGAUAUUGAUACUCACGUCGGAGUUGAAACAGACGACAGUUUCUUAAACAUAUACUCGGCAAACAUGAACGUCGAUACUGAUGUCGAUGUUAAUGUUCAGAAUACGAACGGUAAUGAUUCAUUGAAUGAUGAUUUGAUUUAUUACAAAAUAGAUAUGAACCGAUUCAACGAUACAACAAUAAUUGUAGAACGCAAAGAUGCGAAAAAGUUACUUCAGUAUUUGUCGGAGCACGUUGAACUCGAAGAUAAUAUCAUAAAACCAAAGCCAAUCGAUGUUACACUCGUUAAAAUCAGCUUUUUAAAAUCCAGAACAAAGCUGUUUUCAAAUUCUGUUCUAGUAAAAACUCGAAUGAACGUACGCAUGUUGCCACUUCGCUGUCCAUAUGAAUAUCGCGAUGGUUCGUUGGCAAAUGGUUGGCUUCCAGAAGAAUACCAUCGCUUAUUGAAUGACGUCGAUGUAAUGAGCAAUGCACUAAAUACAAUACGUGAUGAACUAAAUGCAACGCGCACUGAACUAAAUGCAACUCGCAAUGAACUACAUGCAACACGCAAUGAAUUAAAUGCCAUGAAUUCGACAAUAAAUCAAAUGAAAAAUCGAAUUUAUCGAAGACCAACAGGUACGUUUUUCACUAUUAAAUGUCUUAUUGUAAUGGCAGAAAAAGUUAUCUUUUCAAUGGGAAACGACCAAUUCCAUCAUUUCUAUUAA